AUGGUCUUCCACAUUCAAGCUCAAAAAAGUGAAGGAUCGACAUUGUUCUGGUCUCAAGAGAUCACAGCCGUGCUGCAUAAUUUAAUUUAUAAAAUAAAAAGCAACAAACCAAAGAAUUAUGUUAUAAGAAUGUUGGAUGUGCCAUGCGGUGAUAUGAUGUGGAUGAAAAGUUGGAACUUUUAUGAAAAAGAUAUUGUGAAAGUUGAAAAAUUAGAGUUCUACGACAUAAUACUAUGUCGGAUGCUCCUUCAACAUCUUUACGAUGGCGAUAAUUUAAGUGGAAGCAACUUCUUUAUAACCACUACAUACCCAACCGAAGCUUUUAACAUGGAAUUAGGUUUGCAUCUACCAGAAUUUACAGGUCGAUAUAAAAGAAUGAAUUUAGAACUUCCUCCGUUCUCACUGGUCGCACCGAUUUGUAUCUGCAGAGAUGGACCAACCUAUUAUGGACGGGAACUAAAUGCUCAUUAUGUUGCCGUUUGGAGACUGCCGUUGCUUACUGUCAAAAACUGUCAGUUGGGAUAUUCCAGUACUUUCGACAUUGGGGGUUUUAAUAUACUUUAUAAUUCUUGCUCUCAAAAAUAUUCGGUGUAA